ACACGGCGAUUGCAUACCCGCCCUUCCCGCUUCCCCGGCGCGCUUCCGGCCCCGGGCCCGCCCCAGCCGCGCUCCCGCCGCCUGCUUCGCGCUUCCGCUGCGCGUUCCCAUGGCGCUGAAGCGGAUACAAAAAGAACUAAGUGAUUUGCAGCGAGAUCCACCAGCCCACUGUUCUGCUGGACCUGUUGGAGAUGACUUGUUUCAUUGGCAAGCAACUAUUAUGGGACCUCCUGAUAGUGCAUAUCAAGGGGGAGUAUUUUUUCUCACAGUGCACUUUCCAACAGACUAUCCUUUCAAACCACCAAAGAUUGCUUUUACAACAAAAAUAUAUCAUCCAAACAUAAACAGUAAUGGGAGUAUUUGUCUUGAUAUCUUGAGAUCACAAUGGUCACCAGCUCUGACUGUUUCUAAAGGUAUUUUGUGUCACUUCAAAAGCUGCUUAAAAUGUGGGUGCUGUUGUUCCUCCUCACCCAUCUUCAAAAUGCUAAGGCACACUUAAUCAUAUUAUGGAAAUUUCUCAUGUGACUCAAAAGGUCAAGCUGUAUCACAUCUGAUGUACUUGGGAGCUCUCUAAGCUAAAGUGGAAUGCAUUGGGUGUGCAAGCAAAGACAAAAUGGUGGGUCUUUGUCCAGUGGAAUUGCUCUAUGCAAGUCCAGUUGCUGUACCUCCUUGGAAAAACAACUUCUCAUGCUUACAGCCCUAUGCAGUAAUCUCACAACCCAUAUAAAAUCUAAGUCUAAUACUGCUUCCUGAAGUCAUUGCUGAAGAUAUCAAUUACUCUUAUGUGUAAUUGGUGUAUUUUUUUCACAUAAAUUAGGUGUUUUAUAGUUAUCCAAAAAUUGUCUUCCUUCUAGUUGUUAAGCAAAUGAAAACUGGCACUUAGGUUUAACACUUGGUAUCUACAACUGAAAACUAGUAAGAUUUUUAGAUCUUCAGCAUUUUUCUAUCUCUUUACUUGUUCAGUACUUCUUUGGUUAUAAAUGUAGAGCGGUCUGCUGGUCUCAUGUUCAUAUAUUCUGUGCUUUUAGCCUGCUUGCAUUUUAUGUAUUUCAUAAACUGGAAAUUAGCUCAAUGACUCAUGGAAGUUUCUCCUUUUUAGUCUUUGUUUAGCUGAAUAAAAAGUUUCUAGAAUAUUGUAGCACCUCUGACCAUGUAUAUGACCAUAUAUUCUUACCUGAUUUUCUAAUAUUAUUGGCACUUAAAACAAGUCAGUAUUGAAGUGGCUGAACUUUCUCCUCCUGAAAAUGGGUGUGGGCUCUUGGGUAACAAGAUAAAUCAGGGAGGAAAAAAAGUAUUCUACAGUCAAUUCUUAUGGUAGCAUGAAGUUCCCUAUCACAUAUUUAGAAUUAUUUCACUGUGUACUCUUGUAUGCAUAUUAAUUCUGACUGCAAAAAUUAAAAUUGCCUGAAAAGUAUGGCCUGAAAAUAUUAGGAAAACAAAUCAAACCUCCUUGGUUCAAUACCAGGAAAUUAAUAUGAAAUUAUAAGUGAAUACCUGUAUUUAAUGCAGAUCAAGUAUUUCCCAAAAUGGAACUCACACUUAGAUAAGAUGUUCUUAUGACUGAGAGAAUAACUGUCAGCACAGAAGUGGAAAAGGAUAUGCACAAAUAGAGUACUGUAUGGCAAUGUAAUAUUAAUAAUAUUAGUUACCUUAACUGCAGGUGGAAAGCUUAGUUUGAGAAAAUAUCUAUAUGUAACUGUGUAGUCUGUAGGUUGGCUAACGUUCCUAGGCUAGGAUGUGGGAGAGAGAUCAUUACAAAAGGUACAGGUUCAUGUUCAAAUUCCCUGGGCUUGUGUCAGGUCUUAGGCCCUAGAGAAAUGAUGCUGUAUAAAGAUUUCUGCACAGAACUGUUAAAUGACAGCUUAAUACUAAUAUGUGUUCUUUUUCCAAUACCCUCCUACCACCCUCCUUCAGUAUACUGGAAUAUAUUAAAGAAUUAUAGAAAUAAAGCAAACUAACUUGUUUAAUCUAGUGUCUCUUUU